UAAGGUUCUCCAUUUGUACAGGUUUUCAGAAAAUGAAUAACUGUGUUGAACUUUGGGUAAAUUUAACACACAGGCCCCAUGUGUGCUGAAACUGGAGAGGGUAGGACACAGUAAGGAAUCAGUGUACAAGUGCCUGUGUAUCUUAGAGUCCACAGAACAACAGACCGAAGCCAUUUAAAAAGUAGAUUCUACCUGUUUAUUUGCUAAUUUUUGGUCUUUCCUCUCUGCUGUGAGUGUGAACCUCUUUUUCUGCUUAAGAACUUCUUUUGCUGUUUAUACCAGAGGCAUCCUGAUCAUUUUGUUGCUGGAAACAGCACGUAUCUAGCAUCCUCCUUUGCAGAAAGUUUUACCACUGCGGAAUAACUUUGUACCUUACAGGGAAAGAAAAAUUAAGCAAAAUUUUGCUUUACAAUGGAUGUGUAAAUCAUCAAGGAUUAAGUGUAUUACGGUCCCUGAAGAGAAGAAACAAAGCACUGACUAAAGCUAACAGAGCUGAGGGAAGAUUAUCUGUACUUGCAGUGUGUUGGCUAAGGUAUUACUAAGGAGGGCAUCUGGAGAUCUGUGGUAAGUCAUGGAUUUCCCUAGUUCUCCUGAAGAACGGACGGAGAAUCAUUACUGCAGGGAAACAGCAGCUCUGAGUUCCUGCACUUGUAUUACACAUCUCGGUAUGGAGAUUGAGGGACUUGAGGCCCAUGGAGCUUCAGAUGAGCUGCUGAGGGACCCUGGAAUGUGUUGGUGGCAGUGUCUGGAUUAUAAAAAAGUUCACAAUGGCAAUGCUGUGGAAGUUCAUGAGAGUAGCUAAAUAUUCUAAAACAGCUUUAUCACCAAAAGUAAAGGUAAGAGGAAUUCCCACCCAUUCAAGGCAUUCUUCAUCCAAGUCUGUACCUUCAGAUUUUGCUGCCAGUGCACCAUGCUCAAAUACUGUGGAACUGCUUGGUAAAACUUAUCCUCAGGAUGACUACAGCAAUGUCACAGAGAAGAUUCUUUCCAAGGUGGGAAAGAACUUGCACAACAGAAAACAUCACCCACUGUGGCUAAUCAAGGAGCAGGUGAAGGACCACUUCUACAAACACUAUAUAGGACGCUGUGGGACUCCACUCUUUUCUGUUUAUGAUGGUCUUUCUCCAGUGGUUACAGUACAGCAGAAUUUUGAUAGUUUACUUAUCCCUCAAAACCAUGCCAGCAGAAGGAAAGAGGAUAACUAUUACUUGAAUCGUGACCACAUGCUAAGAGCACAUACAUCAGCUCAUCAGUGGGACUUGAUACACUCUGGCCUAGAUGCCUUUCUGGCAGUGGGAGAUGUCUACCGCCGAGAUACAAUCGAUAACACCCACUACCCAGUCUUCCAUCAGAUGGAAGGAGUUCGGCUCUUCUCCUGUCAUGAGUUGUUCUCCAACAUUAAAGAUGGCGAAGGGUUACAGUUGUUCGAGCAAGGCCAUCGCACUGCCCACAAGCAAGAGUGUCACACCAUGGAGGCAGUGAGGCUGGUGGAGUUCAACCUGAAGCAAGUGCUCACAAAGCUCAUGACUCACAUCUUUGGUGACGGACUACAAGUCAGAUGGGUAGAUUGCUACUUUCCAUUUACUCACCCUUCCUUUGAGAUGGAGAUCAACUUCCAAGGAGAAUGGAUGGAGGUCCUGGGCUGCGGGGUCAUGGAGCAACAGCUUGUUAACUCAGCUGGUGCUCAGGAUAAAAUUGGCUGGGCAUUUGGCUUGGGUUUGGAGAGGCUGGCCAUGAUCCUGUAUGAUAUCCCUGACAUCCGACUGUUCUGGAGUGAAGACGAACGCUUCUUGAAACAAUUUAUUGGGCCUCACAUUUGGCAAAAAAUAAAGUUCCAGCCACUCAGCAGAUAUCCACCUUUGAUCAAUGACAUCUCCUUUUGGCUGCCUUCUGAGACAUACUCUGAGAAUGAUUUCUAUGAUUUGGUUCGAACUGUUGGUGGAGACUUGAUAGAAAAAGUUGUCCUAGUGGAUGAAUUUGCCCAUCCAAAGACGAAGAAGGUCAGCCAUUGCUACCGGAUCGUUUACCGCCACCCGGAGAGGACUUUGACGCAGGACGAGGUGCAUCGCAUCCAUCAAGCUAUUGAAGAGUCAGCAGUUCGAGAACUUGGGGUUGAGGGCAGGUUCUAGCACUGCUGGUCUGAAGCCCUAAUGACAGUUGCUUUUUUUCUUUCUUUCCUUUCUUUUUUUUUUUCUUCUCUUUUCAGGGUUUUAGUUUGCAAGAGAGGGGUUUUGUGACUGAAUGUAGAACAGGGAAAGCGAUUGAUAAAUGGGCAGUGGUAAAACUAGCAGGUAAUAAACAUUACUACUGAGAAAUCAUUGA